AUGAAACAACAAGAAUCAAAUGAUUACAAAAGUUCACAAACAUCAGAAUCUUUUCGAAAUAAAACUCCUACUACUUACAACGAAUUUAACGGUGAAAAAGAAGAUAGUGACGCUAUUUUAGCAAACCGAUAUUUUGGUCCGGCAAGUGUUUGGUCCCCUCAAUCGCGAAACUCGGAGCCUGAAGAAGCUACUACUUCUAGUUUAUCAAGUGCUAGUAACUCAAUACUGAUCGGUGAACGCGGUGAACGCGGUGAACGCGAACCUACAGCGAAAGAUUUCAUUUCUAGUCUAUCUCUCGAAACACAAAAAAUUAUCAAUUCAAUCAAUUCAGGAAAAUCUUCUAGUAGGCAUAAUGAGAAUAAAAAAAAAAUACCUAAUAGUAUGACAGAGGAAAUUUUGAGAGAUGCUGAAUUGAAGGCAGUAGCGAAAAUCUUAGAAACAAAUUCUACAAGUUCUCGAAAUUCCGAUUCAAAAAUUGGAGUAAAUUAUUUGAAUGGGAUGACUAACGGUACCUCAGAAUCAAAAAAAAAUCAAAAAUCUAAUAAUAUAAUACCGACGACAAUAACAAAUAAUUCUUUAGGUUCUUCUACAUCAAGUUCAAAAAAAAAUGAUGAUGAUGAUACUACUAGUGAACCUUUAAAUGAAAAUAAUUCUAUACCUAAUAAUCAGAUUUAUGGGUCUUUUUCGUCUGGAUCUAUUAAAAAUGGAAUUAUUAAUAAAACUAUUGAAGAAAGUUUUUCGGAAAAUAGUAAAAACAAUGAAAAUAAUGUGCCAAUUAUUAACAUUAAAGAAGAUAACGAUGAAGAAGAUAACAACAAUAUAACUGAAACUGUUGAUACCAAUGAUCCUAAACACUUUGGACGUUCUCCUGGACAUUCUAAGUCAAAUUCUGAAAUAACUAUUGAUACCAAUGUUACUAAACCUCGUAAGGAACAAAGAUAUGUAGUUAGAUCUCCUGCAUCUCCUCGAUAUACUAAAAAACGAACAGUGCUUCGUCGAGGGAAUGCUAGAAUUGUCUCAGCUCAUUCAUCAUCAUCCAGUAAACAAUCUUCUGAAGCAUCGGAUAAUAAUAUUCGUAAUUCGAAAUCCCCUGUAAAAACUGUAGAAAUAUCUAGCGAAUUAGAUGAAAUAACGGAACAAUUUCAGGAAACUCUUGGCGUAUUUUCAAAGAGAUAUUAUGAUUCAACUGUAGCCCUCGCAGAAAAAUCACUUGUUUUAAAGAUAAAUCAAGAUUUAUCGCAUACCCUUGCUGCUAAAGAAGAAGAAAUUGAAUGUUUAAAAAAUGAAUUAUGGGAAGCUGGUAAUAAAAUUCAUAAUUACGAGUGUGAUCUCAAGGAUCUUAUUUUACAACAAGCAGAACCUCUCGCUUUGGGUCAAGAGGAUUUGAUUCGCAUUGAAAGGGAAUUGGAAGAUCAAGAAGUUUUAAUUAGUGGGUAUCAGAAAGAAAAUGAUAGAUUGGUAAAUGAAACAAAGGCACUUAAUGAAAGAUUAAGAGUUUUUGAAGCUGAACGGGAAAAACAAGAAUCACAUAUUAAUGAGGUCAAUAAAGAAAUUGAAAAAUUAAAGGAGUUAAGAGAGACUAAAGAGACUCAAGGAUUCAUUCCAGAUAAUGCAGCACAACAAAUAGAGGAAAUGAAAAAAGAGAUUGCUGUUUAUAAAGAAAAAGAGAAAUCAUAUGAAUUUAAAGAUAUGGCUUUAAGAGAAACGGAGAGUUUAAAAAAGGAAGUGAGCAAACUUAGAGACAUAGAAAGUGAUUAUAUGAUCAAAGUUGAUGAUUUGGAACAUCAAUUGGUUGAGGCUCAAGAAGAAAUUGAACAAGUUAAUCAAUCAAAAACAGAAUCUCUCGAAAAAUUAACCGAAGAUAUGAACAUAAUGAAAUUUGAGUAUGAAUCACAAAUUGAAAAUACGAAAAAAGAAUUAUUAUCUAAAGAAGGAAAAGAAUUACGAUUUCGUAAAUUGAAAGCAGCCCUUGAAAAAAUUGAAGUUUAUACAACCACUAAUCAAGAAGUUGUGCAAAUUUAUGCAGAUUUAAGGAGGAGUAAUCUUAUUCCUCCGAAAAAAAGACGUAAAUCAACUUCUACAAUUGACAAGGAUGCUUAUGGAUAUGGUAACAUUGAAACUUCUCGAGCACCUCGUUCACCCACAACCAAAUCUAUUCAAAGAAGUUCAUCUCGUUCAUCUGCAGGUAAUAAGUCACGAACGAGUUCCAUGAGUCGCACUGUGAGUCCUACUCCAUCUAGUGCUAGCGGUUAUAGUAGUAGAGCUGAUAUUUUAGAAGAAGAUAGUUUGUUUUAUGACGAAGAUGUAUUUGAAUUGAGGGAUAAAGUUACUAAACUUGAAGUAGAAAAUAAAACUUAUCAAGAAUCCGUGGAAAAGUUAGAAGGUGAAAUAAAAUCAAUAAAAGAAGUAAAGGUUAAACUCGAAGAUGAAGUAAACGUUUUAAAGAAAGAGCAAACAGAACGUAAAGUACAAAUGACUGAAAUGGAAGAAUUAAUAUUGGUACUUCAAUCAGAUACAUCAGAUGUCAAUGAAAUUAAUGAAACAAAACCUGAAGAAAAAAUUAAUAAUAUAUCUAAUUCCCAAUCACCAGUCACCAUCGAUCCUAAUAUAACGAAAGAAUUAGAAAGUAAAGAGAAUAUAAUUGAGGAAUUGGUGGAUAAACUAAAACGAAAAGAAGAACAAUUAGAAUAUUAUCAAAAUGCAUAUCUUGAAAAAACUGAAGAAUUAGAAAAAUUAAUUGAAAGAACACAACAAGUUAAUCAAGCCAAUUUAAUUAAUCCAAUUUCUCAAACAACAACAACAAGUUCUAAUAAUGUCGUUAAUGGUGUUCCUACUUCAGGUAAUAAUAAAAAUGAAGGUGCAUUAAAACUUCUUAAUGAAGCUUUGCCUGAUGAUGAAUUUAGUGAUCUCUCUUCAUUACCAAUUACUAAUGAUAUUAUGGAACUUUUUGGAUUUGGUGAGGAUGGAGAAAUUUCGGUAAUAGAAAAACUAAUUGCACAGUUAGAAAGGACUAUUGUUGAGAGAACAAUGCAAUUAGAUGCAGCACAUGAAAGAGCUAAUGAAGCUGAAUCUAAAUUAUUGGCAAUAUCAAGAGAAAAAAUGAAGUGGGGAAGUGGAUAUGAUACAACAGUGAAACAACUUAAAUUACAAGAACAACUAAAGACUACAUCAGAUAAUCAAAUAAAUCAAUCAAAUCAAAUAAAUCAAUCAAAUCAAAUAAAUCAAAUAAAUCCUAAUAUAUCAAAUUCUUCUUCUUCAACAUCAGCUGAUUUGAAACAACUUCGUAGUCAAAUUGAAAUGCUUACUGCAGAAAAUAUUUCACUAAAGACACAAUUAUCCACUUCUGAAGCCAUACGACAAGCAGUUCAUGAAAACACAUUAACUAUUUUACAACAAACUUGUAAAUCUAAUCUUGCUUCUAAUGAUGAUGUGACGGAAUUAAAAAAAUUGUCAAUGGAAAAGGAGGCAGAAGUUAAUAUAUGGAAAGGAAGAUGCGUAGGUCUAGAGCACGUGGUUAAAAGACAACGUGAACUAAUUACUCAUGUGGUUCCUUCACUAAAUUGCAUUUCAACGAUUUCAAAAACAAAUAGUGGGGACGAUCAAAAUAAAGAAAUAAUAGCAUUAUUAGAAGGUAAUGAUGUUGACGUAAAUGAGCUUCAAGGUCUUAAUGAAAAUGCCAAACAAAUAAUUCGAAAGAUUCGGGAGGAAAAUGUGUUAUUAAGAGAAGCCCUUUCUAUAAGUCAACAACAAUUAAAUAGUAAUAAAAAAUUAGUCGAUAUGGAAGCACGCUUUCUCAAGAGAGAGAAAGAAUUGCAAGAUAUUAUUUCCGAGACUAAACGACAGGGAGAAUUACAAUUAGAACGUUGGAAAUCUAAAUGGGGAGUUAUAAUUGAUAAGAAAAAUUCCGAAAUAAAGGGAUUUCGAAAUGAAUUAGAAGCAUUGAUGAAAUGUCUAGGAAAAUUCGAUGGGGGAUAUGUUAAUGGAGUAGUUUCAUAA